GGAUUUGCGGAUGACUCUCCCUUCGGUGCCCCUGUGGAGCAGGAGUUGAUCACGAUAAUUUUCGCCCCUAAAAAAUAUGUACGCAAUUUUUAUGUAGAGGUAACUCAUGAGGAAGGUCUGCAGCAGAUGAAGUGGUGGGUCAACAUGUAGAGGAUCGAGUGAACAAGUUGCCUUUGUUAUCCUCCGCAAUUCGUGAGGCUUUUUGGCCUCCAAAUCUACUCCGCCUGCUCACCCACCCUUUCACUCAUCGCGUCUUUCGUUUACAUACUUUUCUCUCUCUCUUUCUACACUCCCCCCCAGAAGCAUCUCCCCUCCAAAUCCCUCCCACUUCAUCACGAAGAAACCUAUCCGCCAACAUUGAAAUUACUUCGACUUGUUCCCAGAUUGUAAACAAAUAACCGAAGAACAAAAGAUAGCGUGAUCGUUUGUAGCAAACCACGACCCCCAAGGAUGAAGUCUUUAGCAGUCCUGUUUUUCGUGUCGACUACUGUAGCGCUGGUGCACGGGGCGACGACGACCAACUACGACAGCAUCCCCCGCCCCCAACGUGGCCAAGAUUACAUCGAUGGCACCUACGAGGCCAAUGCCCGAGUGAUGCCAGAGAUGUGUCCGAGCUCGGGUGCCUGUUCGAUGAUGGACUCCGGAUGGCCGUCUAAAGGGUUUUCAUGUCCCCAGAAAGCCGAUUCUUAUGGUGUUCCGGAUUAUUCCUUCCUCACCGCCCAGGAGACUGCGAUGGUCUAUGGAGGGGGAGACGAGAUCUCGGCGAAGGAGUGGCCCAAGUCGUGUGCGCUUCCGCGCAAGGGAUCGAAGAUGAUGAGAUAUUCGAACGGUGCCUGGAGUGCAAUCUACUCCAUCACGCCGACCUGCAACUGUCCCCAAGGUGUCGAGCCUAAAUGUACCAGAGCUAAUGGGCUGUCGAAAGAGACUUGCAAUAUUGCGGUUCUUAAGUUUUGCGAGGUUCGUUCUGGCUCCCAAGUUUGUGCGCCGAAAAGAUGAGUCUCAAGGGUAGCUGGUGGACGAGGAGGAUCCGGUACACUCUCUCGACUGCUGUGGGUCUGAUAUCCAGGCCAAUCAUAGGCUGAAGGAAAAUGUGAUUGAAACCUUCACCCUUCUUUAUAUUCUUGUACUUGGAUCGACUUCAAACCCCCAAAAAAAAGCUUUUUCACCAACGGUGAAAUAUAUCUUAUUGGUUCCAAAAAUAUUCUUCCUGGCGCAUCCUCAUUUGAUUAAGGUGUGAAUUUCGGAUGAGAUAGAUCGUUGCUGUAUGUGAGGAGACGGAUGAGUGACGGUUACGACCAUUUGAUGACAAGCAAGCGUCAAGAUAAAGAAAUCUACCUUCAAGAAGAGUUGAAAACAAGAUCUUUAUCUAGACAUCACACAGACAUAAAGGAAAGAAGUAUGGCAGAAUUAAGAAUCGA